CUUUGUGCCUUAUCCUCAAAAUUUGCCACAAAUUUUUUAACUGAGCUUUCGUUUUCAACAUUCACUGCCUCUAAAACUCUCACUGUCCAAAUCAGAUAUUUGAAAGAAUCCAUUCGUCGGACAAAAUUACUACAUGAAAGUUUAAAUUUCUCUUAAAUGUCCUCUCAGAAGUCUCCACCAUGACCACAAUCACUCCUACAGAGGUAAUCCCAAAACAAAGCCUAAUAGAAAACAAACCCACGUCCAAUGCCAACGGAAUUUUGACAAAACACAAACGUAUGCCACAAUUCACAAGACCUUGUGGCAAACAAGCAAUUGGCAAAUCUAAAGAUUUCCCAUGUUUGGCGGCCUAAAAGGAGAAUUCUAUGUUUUGGUUGUCCUUUUCAAUUUUCCCCACCAAAUUUAUCCUCUUGCUCGGUACGCUACGUUGCAGAUUCUGUAUUUCUCUAAUUUCCAAGUACUGAACUGUCAGAUAUGAAUUUUUGUUUUGAUAUAUAUAUAUAUAUAUAUAUUUUUUUUUUCUUUUUGGCUACCUCUGUUUCCCUUUCUAGUUUCUUCGUUGUUUUUGUUUAAGGACAUAAUGCUGUUUUCGCCUUCAAUUCCCAGUUUCCUUUAACCAGUUAGGGAUUUUUCCAACGCAGCAGAGAGAAAAACAGGAUAAUAGCGAAAUAGCAGAAUGGUGGGGUUGGUGUAGGACCAAGCGAAACCGAAUCCUUUGACACAAUUCACUCCAGGGUGUAACGGUGCACGGUGAGGGCAUUUUGUUGAUCAGAGUAGCAGCAGUAAAGGCACCUCUGCCUUUCAUGUCUCGUUCAAAAUUUCACCGCUGCCAUUACCGGUGAACUCAAUGAACUUAACAUUGGAUCAUUCCUUCACUAUCCUUCAACCUUUUGAUUCUUUUUCUUUUAGUACUUUCAUUGGACACAAUUGGCAUUUUGGCAAUUUUAUAUUUGUUGCCGGUAUUUGCCUUAGUCAGCUCAACUACCUGUCAGACCAAGAAAGGAAAAUUCUGUGG